GAAGAAUAGCUUUUCAAGUAACUCAAAGUCUUAUUGUAUUAUCAAGUUUGAAUAUCAUUCAUGCUGACAUAAAGCCUGAAAAUAUUCUCUUCACAGAUGGUAUGUGUAUAAAAUUAAACUCUAGAUAAGGAUUCAAUGACAACAAUUCUAAGUACAAUUGUUUUAUCUAACAGCAAGUAGAAAAAAUGUCAAAUUAAUAGACCUGGGCAAUGCAAUUUAUUGUGUUCACAAAGAGAUGUCUCUAUAUUUUGACUCGUUUGAAUUACAAACUGUCUUUUAUCGAGCCCCGGAAGUUAUGUUCGGCUUACCAUUUGGUUAUCAGAUUGACAUGUGGUCGCUGGCUUGUGUACUAGCAGAGCUUUAUCUGGGAGAACCGCUAUUUCUCGGGACUUCAAAGAGGAAAUACUGGAGCAAAUGCAUUCACUGUUAGGACCACUACCUUUGUCUCCAUACCAGGAGGGAAAAUAUUUUACAGAUUUUAAGAAAUAUGUUUCUCGUAACUCAUUGGUACACGGUACACAUGCGCAGUUAAUCAUAAGUUUUAAUGUUUCCCAGUUCCUAUUUUUCAUACUUUGCUUGAUAGGUCAUUGUGAAAAAGUUGUUAACGUUAUGAAAAAAUUGAAAUCGACUGACUUCAUUUUCGCUGACUUUGUGACGAAACUUUUGGCAUUCGACCCUUGUUUGCGUCUUACACCAAUGGACGCAAUUCGUCAUCCGUUCUUGGCUCCGGAAUGUGCGAGUGGUUUCAUUUCAUCUCAUGGGAAUUUUUCACGAGCAGAAUCUGGUUAUCCAUCAGUAGUCCUUACUUCAGAAACUUAUCCUUAUCAUCCGUUUAUUGACGAGAAGAUAAAGAAACUCCAUUUCUCGGAUUUGGAAUUGCUACGUGUCGGGACGUGCAGAAAACCUGCUUCCCACAACGUUCUCAAAGUUCUACCCUUAAAUUAUCAGGCCGAUCAUUCUGAAGAUGUUGAUGAAUCUUCGCUUGACAAUGAUGAUCAAAGUGAAGGUCCUUUUAGCGAAUCCUGUUACGCGUUGAACACGCGAGUUUCUCGAAGUGAUCAUUGCCGACGAGAUCCGUCACGUAAACGACAACGUAGAUUUUUCAUACGUAGACAAUCCAAAGCACCUCGGACAAGUCAAGAAGGAUUAUCAUGUUCAUUGGCUUCUACUGAGAAAUAUGUUGAUAAUAACGCUGUUUUUGACGACGGUAGAACGGGUUACAGUUGUGAAAAAUCAAACAAGAUUAUAGCAAAAAGAGGACGUGAACGAAGUGCACUAUAUUGUCGUCCAUCCUGGCUGAAAGCAACCGAAAAAAGACGUCCAAUAAUCAAUACAAAAACUAAAUCAAAAUGUACUGGAGCAAAAAUCACGUCCCGUAUCUAUAGUGGUUCUGUAGACAAAGAGUAUGCGGCAUCUUUUUCUGAAUUAGAAAAAGGAUCUAACGGAGAAAGUGGUGAUAAUCAUGAUGGUAUUGCACGUGAUGCUUCAACAGCAUCCUGUAGUAGGAAGCAACCUUUCAGUAGCAUUGAAAAAUUUAGUUUGAAUCAUAAAGCCGCAAUUGAAGACAACAAUGGCCGAGAAGAAGGCAAAAAGACUUUUCUACAAUCAUCAUCGAAAUCAAAAACAAAUUAUAAAGAUACCAACACUGAUGUACAAAUUCUCGACGAGGUUUCAAAGGUAGAUGCUGGCACUUCAAAUUUGGAUUCAUUCUUUCAUCCAUUCGCGGACGAUGAUGCAGAUAUGAGUCGGUCUCAAGCUGAAGAGUAUUGCAAGGAUAGCAUAUUAGAAGUUGAAGAAUCGGAAGAACAAAACUGUUCUUCCGAGGAGGAUUAUGAUGUUGUGCUCAUCUAAAGACCAACAGCUAUGAAAUGAAAUUAUAAUUUUUUAAUAUUUUUAGACCAUGUAUCAUAUGCAGCAAUAAAUUUAAUCAUUCAAUGUAAAUAGAAACAUUUUAAGACAACUUCAUUUUUACACUGUAAAUAUUCCCACACAAUAGAUAUGUCUGCAGAUGGCAAUAGGGCAAUGAAUGUAUUUGCUUGAUAAUACUGUUGACAUAGAAAAUGAAGAAACAUUCUCAUCAUAAACAAAACACUUAACAGGGUUCAUGUUGGACCAACAAUA